AUGACCACAAUGGAUCUGCGUGUUGGCAACAAGUACCGCAUCGGUCGAAAGAUUGGCAGUGGUUCCUUUGGUGACAUCUACUUGGGAACUAAUAUCAUCUCUGGGGAAGAGAUUGCCAUCAAACUUGAAUCCGUCAAGGCCAAACACCCUCAACUCGAAUACGAAGCUCGUGUCUACAAAUCUCUCGCAGGCGGUGUCGGCAUCCCGUUCGUUCGUUGGUUUGGAACAGAAUGUGAUUACAACGCAAUGGUUCUUGAUCUGCUCGGCCCGUCUUUGGAAGAUCUCUUCAAUUUCUGCAACCGAAAAUUCUCCCUCAAGACUGUCUUGCUUCUGGCAGAUCAGCUCAUCUCACGAAUCGAAUACAUCCACGCCAAGUCUUUCAUCCAUCGCGAUAUCAAACCCGACAACUUCCUCAUGGGUAUUGGCAAGCGAGGAAAUCAGGUCAAUGUGAUUGAUUUCGGUUUGGCCAAGAAGUACAGAGACCCAAAGACUCACUUCCAUAUCCCAUACCGUGAGAACAAGAACUUGACUGGCACGGCUCGAUACGCCUCCAUCAACACCCAUCUUGGUGUUGAACAAUCACGACGUGACGACAUGGAAUCUUUGGGUUACGUUAUGCUCUACUUCUGCCGCGGCUCUCUCCCAUGGCAAGGCUUGAAGGCCGCCACCAAGAAGCAAAAGUACGAUAGAAUUAUGGAGAAGAAGAUGACUACGCCCACCGAAGUGUUGUGCCGUGGAUUCCCCAAUGAAUUCGCCAUCUAUCUCAACUACACCCGCUCUCUCCGAUUCGACGACAAGCCAGACUACUCGUAUCUCAGAAAGAUCUUCCGUGAUCUCUUCGUUCGAGAGUCCUUCCAGUACGACUACGUCUUUGACUGGACCGUCUACAAAUAUCAGAAGAAUGCUCAAGCAAUUGCUCAAGCAGCUGGUAACCCCCCUGCCCAGGAAGAUGACGACAAGCCACGCCGUGGUCAUAACGGAACUGCCGCCGCCACUGGAGCACCAACACCCCAACACGCCUCUCAGGCUGGCAAGCCUGCCGCCAUCUCCAGCUCCCGCCGCAAAGCCAUCGAACGCGGUGCUAGCGGCAACGACCAAGGUGGUAGUGAUAGGAUGUGA